AUGUUGCAAUUAUUAGGGGAAAAAUUAAAUUAUGCUUCAUUUCCGUUAAUUAUUUUAUUAAUUUUUAUUUUAUUGAAAUUGUUUGGAGAAGAUGAAAAAACAAAAAUAAUAAAUAAAUUACCGGGACCGUUUGCAUAUCCAUUAAUUGGUAACAUCGAAAUUCUCGAACCGGUAGAAGUAUUUAUGGAUAAUAUAUUGAUAAGAAAGAAAAAAUAUGGACCAAUAUUUAAAAUGAGAGCCGGACCUAGAUAUGGUAUAUUUAUAACGAGAGCUCGAGAAGUCGAGGAUUUAAUAACUGGUAUGAAAAAUACGGAAAAAUCAUUCGUUUAUAAAUUUGUUCAGCCCUGGUUAGGUACAGGACUUUUAACUGCUCAUGGAAAAAAAUGGGCAUCGCACCGGAAACUCAUAACUCCAUCCUUUCAUUUUACCGUUUUGCAAAGUUUCAUUGAAAUUUUUCAAGAAAAUUCAAAUAUAUUAAUUAAUAAAUUAAAUAAAAUGGCUGACACGAAUGAAGUCAUUGAUAUUUAUCCAUUUAUUACUUUGUGCUUACUGGAUAUUAUUUGUGAAACUGCCAUGGGUACCAAAAUUAAUGCACAAACAGACAAAACUAACGAAUAUGUUAAAUCUGUGUACAGAUUGUCGACGUUGAUUGUAAAAAGAAUGGGACGAAUUUGGCUUCAUCCUGAUUUUAUUUAUAAUUUAACGAGUCAUGGAAAAGAAAAUAGAAAACAUCUCGACAUUGUUCAUAAUUUUACCGACAGCGUGAUACAAACUAGAAAAUUAUUGUUUGAAAAUGAAUCCUCCACCAACAUCGAUCCCUCGGAAAAAAGGAAACUUUCAUUUUUGGAUCUUUUGUUAAAAGCAUCUUCAAACGAAGCAUCUACUCCUUUGACGGAUGUGGAACUUCGUGAAGAAGUUGACACUUUUAUGUUCGAGGGGCACGAUACGACAGCAGCUGCAGUAAAUUGGGCAAUUUUAAUGUUGAGCCAUCAUCCGGAAAUACAAGAAAAAGCUUACGAAGAAGUGAAAACCGUAUUAGAAAAUAAACAAGAAGAAGGUUUAUCAUUAGGAGAUUUAUCAGAAAUGAAACUUCUAGAAAGAGUCAUUAAAGAAACCUUAAGGUUGCAUCCAAGUGUUCCGAUGAUAGGCCGACGAAUAGAAGUCGAUACACGAUUAGGUGAAUAUUUCAUACCUGAAGGUGUGAGUGCUGUUAUUAGUAUAUAUGCACUUCAUAGAGAUCCCGAAGUUUUUCCGAAUCCGGAUGUAUUUGAUCCCGAUAGAUUUUUACCGGAAAAUUCUGCGGAUAGACAUCCAUUUGCAUAUAUACCUUUUAGUGCCGGACCAAGAAAUUGCAUCGGGCAAAAAUUUGCUAUGUACGAAGAAAAAGUAAUUUUAUCAAAUUUGAUAUAUAACUACAGAUUCGAAUCCGUUGGAAAAUUAAAUGACGUCAUUAAAAUUCCAGAUUUAGUUUUAAGGCCUAAAAAUGGAAUAUUUGUAAAAAUAUAUAAUAGGUAA